ACAAACGAAAAUUCGUAAAAUAUUCGGAUACAUACAAACCAGGAAUGGUUCGUGUCGGAUCCAAAUGGGUUUAUCCAGAAGAUGAAAUUACAGACGGUGGUACUUGGGAACAUAAAAAACGAGCGGAAGAAAUGAAAAAGACGGCGGAACAGGCAGCUUUGCUAACUGCUCAAGCUGAAGCAAAACGUGCCCACCAUAUUGCAGAUUUUUUACCCAAAGAUGAGCUUGAAAAAUUCGAGCAAAAAGUUAAAGCCGUCAAAACCGGAGAAACACCCCCAGAGUUUGAGGAUUAUGCAACUAACAAGCUGGAUCAGUCGAACAUUGGAUUCAAGAUGCUAAUGAAACAAGGUUGGCAAGCUGGAUCAGGACUAGGAAAAACAGGUGAAGGGAUUGCCGCACCUAUCAAUAAAGCUGAUACACGUCCAGCAAAUGCUGGUUUGGGACAAACAAAACCUGAGGGAGUUGAUGAAGAAGAUGAUGAAUUUGAGAUUUACC